AGGCUAGGUAUAAGCCACACUGUUUUUCUUAUAAAAUGUCGACUCAGUCAAUUCUUUUACCACUGCGACUUGGACCUUGUUUAUCUAUCUUCCUUUUGUUCCAAGAAGCUACACAACCUUGUUUAAAAAUACAACACAUCUGCAGAACAUCUGCUUUAAUAUAUGCACUUAUUUGUUCCUUGUUGUACAAGUUCUCUUUUAAUCUUUAGAACAUACAAAACAUACACUAUACAUUUUGAUUUAGAGAAAUGAUUGAUAGAUUUGGUAGGAUGUCUGAACCAUCAAGAACUCGUUUGGUUUUGGUUAUGUUGUUUUGUUGGUUUUUGUUGCUUCUUGGAGCUAACUCACAGAAUCCAAAAACUCAUCCUCAAGAAGUUUCAGCAUUGCGGGAAAUCAAGAAAAGUUUGGUUGAUCCAAACCGAAAUCUUAGUAACUGGAAUCGCGGUGAUCCGUGCACAUCGAAUUGGACUGGAGUUUUAUGCUUUAAUAAAACGAUGGACGAUAACUAUCUGCAUGUCAGGGAGUUACAACUACUGAAUAUGAAUCUAUCAGGGGAGUUAUCGCCGGCACUAGGAAGAUUAUCAUAUAUGAAAAUCAUGGACUUCAUGUGGAACAAGAUAAGUGGAAGUAUACCGGUUGAAGUAGGCAACAUCAAGUCUUUGGAGCUACUGCUGCUGAAUGGAAAUCAACUAACAGGGCCCUUGCCCGAGGAAAUGGGUAAUCUUCCCAACUUGGACAGAAUUCAAAUUGACCAGAAUCAUAUAUCAGGACCAAUACCAAAGUCAUUUGCAAACUUAAACAAGACAAAGCACUUCCAUAUGAACAAUAAUUCAAUUAGUGGCCAGAUCCCUCCCGAGCUGUCUAAACUGGGAAGUCUUGUUCACAUGCUUCUUGAUAAUAACAACUUAACAGGGUAUUUGCCACCAGAGCUUGCCGAAAUUCCAAAUCUACUUAUCCUUCAACUUGACAACAACAACUUUGCUGGGAAGGAGAUACCUGCAUCAUUUAAAAACAUGUCUAAAUUGUUGAAGCUGAGUCUAAGGAACUGCAGUUUGCAAGGACCAAUACCUGACUUAAGCCCGAUACCAAACCUUGCUUAUAUUGACCUCAGUUCAAAUGAACUUCAAGGAUCCAUACCAUCAAAUAAGCUUUCUGAGGCUAUAACAACCAUUGAUUUAUCAAAUAAUAAUCUUACUGGAACUAUUCCUGCCAACUUCUCGAGGCUUCCUCGUCUUCAGCGAUUAUCUCUUGAAAACAAUUCACUGAGUGGUUCAGUUGCAAGUACUAUCUGGACAAAUCGAAAACUCAAUGCAACAGAGACACUUAUCUUGAACUUACAGAACAACUUCCUUUCAAGCAUCUCAGGCAGUCCUGCUCUCCCUCCUAAUGUCACUCUACGGCUUGAAGGAAAUCCUGUAUGCCCGAAUUCCAGUCUGUCUGACUCCUGUACAUCUUUUAUUGCAAAUGAUACUUCUUUCCAAAGCCCAGGGAUCAUACCUGAUGAUUGUCCUGGAUGCCCCAGUCCUUAUGAAUAUGCCCAGGGAUCUCCUGUACGUUGCUUCUGCGCUGCGCCUCUGAUUUUUGGUUAUCGAUUGAAGAGUCCUGGAUUCAUUGAUUUUCAGCCGUAUUUUAAUCCAUUUGGGGAGUACUUGACCUCUGGUCUCCAAAUAAAAUCAUUUCAGCUCAAUGUUGAAUCUUAUGAAUGGCAAAAAGGCCCUCGACUGGGGAUGUCCUUAAAGAUAUAUCCAGUGUACACUGGUAACAACUCUAACACCUUCAAUAGGAGUGAGGUCUCUCGGAUCCUUGACAUGUUUACAAGAUGGAAUAUACCUGAUAGCGAUAUUUUUGGACCUUAUGAACUUAUCUACUUCACAUUAUUGGAACCGUACAAAGAUGUUAUUUCCGCCAAAUCAUCUACCAGUCUAAGCAAGGGUGCAAUAGCAGGCAUAGUACUUGGUGCAAUUGCAGGUUCAGUGACAUUAUCUGCGAUUGUGACACUAAUUAUUUUGAGAUCGCAAACGAGGAAGCAGCAUUUCACUUCAAAAAGACGACAACAGUCCCGGGUUUCAAUUAAAAUUGACGGAGUAAAAGAUUUUACAUAUGCCGAGAUGGCAUUAGCAACAGAUAACUUUAGUAGUUCCAGUCAAGUUGGACAAGGAGGCUAUGGAAAGGUCUACAAAGGUAUCCUGGCUGAUGGCACAGUGGUGGCCAUAAAACGCGCACAAGAGGGAUCAUUGCAGGGUGAAAAGGAGUUCCUCAAUGAAAUAGAAUUGUUAUCUAGGUUACAUCAUAGAAAUCUAGUGUCACUACUUGGAUAUUGUGAUGAGGAAAGUGAACAGAUGUUAGUUUAUGAGUUCAUGCCCAAUGGCACCCUACGGGAUCACCUAUCUGUUACUUCAAAAGAGCCUAUGAGUUUUGCUAUGAGAACAAGGAUUGCAUUGGGUUCAGCCAAGGGAAUCCUGUACUUACAUUCGGAAGCUGAUCCUCCUAUAUUUCAUCGAGAUAUUAAGGCCACUAACAUAUUACUGGACUCAAAUUACAUUGCAAAAGUUGCUGAUUUCGGACUAUCACGACUUGCUCCAGUUCCUGAUUUAGAAGGCUUCGUGCCUGCUCAUGUAUCUACAGUUGUUAAGGGUACUCCGGGGUAUCUUGAUCCAGAAUACUUUCUUACUCAUAAGCUGACCGACAAAAGUGAUGUUUAUAGUUUUGGUGUGGUACUUUUAGAGCUUUUGACUGGUAUGCAUCCAAUUAUGCAUGGCAAAAACAUUGUUCGAGAGGUGAAUAAUGCAUUUCGAUCUGGCAUGAUGUUCUCAGUCAUUGACAAAAGAAUGGGAUCAUAUCCUUCUGAGUGCGUGGAAAGGUUUGUGAACUUAGCGCUCAAGUGUUGCCAAGAAAAUACAGAUAGCAGGCCUAAUAUGGCUGAAGUGGUCCGCGAACUUGAACUCCUGUGGCUUAUGAUACCCGAGUCUGAUACUAGAAUAACACAUUCAUCAGUGUCCGACCCUGGGAAGGGUAUGUCUUCAGAGUCUUCUUCGUCGGUUGGGAUAACAAAUCCGUCAAUGACAAAUAAUUACUACUCAUCAGAAAUAUCUGGGAGUGACCUUGUGAGUGGAGCUGUUCCUACCAUUGCACCUAGAUAAUAAAAUGACCAUAAUCUUUUUGGUUCAUACAAUGGUCAGUCAUGUAAUUAUGUAUGGUUAGUACACAGUGGUGAUACGUAGAAGUGUUAUAGAUGUGAUAUGUCUGCUCACUAGACUCAGCUUGUGGCCAAAAAUAUACAGAAUAUAUAUCAUUUGAUCUAUGUGCAGCUUGGCUUGUGUAUGGAGCUGUAUAACAGAUAUGUAGGUAUUUUUUGUUGA